AUGGUGAAGCCAGAGUUCGCGCCUGAUAAGAUCGCAUCCGAGACCCGGGCAGAGGCGAAGAUAGAGCCGGUGGAGGAUGGUGCGAUUACGCCGGAGUGGUGCAAGAAGCUGCAACAGGGGCUGCUCGCCGCCACAUGGGCAGGCGCCACCGCGUGCCGCUGCGUGCUGCCGGCAAGGCAGCUGAUGCAUGUCAUCAACCAGGCUGGGGACCUCUUCAAGGUCGAGCCAACACUCUUGGAGCUCAAGCCCCCAGAGCUCGGCGGCGGCCCCGUGACGGUAGUGGGCGAUACGCACGGCCAAUUCCAUGAUGUGUUGCGGCUGUUCGACACUGUCGGCCACCCAAGCUCGGAGCGCAUAUUCGUUUUCAAUGGCGAUCAGCCGCCGCGCCGCACGCACGCGGCAGGCGCGCCGCCCGCCGCCCGCGGGGAGCUGCGCCUGCCUGAGACCAGCAUCACCGCCACCCGCGGCCCAGGCGACUUUGUGGACCGCGGCGCGUGGGGCGUGGAGACGCUGGCGCUGCUGCUCGCGUGGAAGGUGGCGCUGCCGCGGCACGUGUACCUUCUGAGGGGCAACCACGAGAGCACAUACUGCACAAAGUACUACGGGUUCCAGGGCGAGCUGACAGCCAAAUAUGGGCCGCAGAGUGGAAAACGCGGGGAGGGCGCAGGCGCGGCGGCGGACGAGGAGGCAGGCCAGCAGGAGGCCGCCGCCGGCGAGCAGCAGCAGCAGCAGCGGCUAGAGGGCCAGCAUGAAAACGGCCACCACGAGCAGCAGGCUGGGACAAAGGAACAGCACCCGGAGGCCAACAGGGCGGAGUGCACGCACCACCACAACGGUGAUAUUUCAUUGAAAUCGGCAGCUGCGCCGGCGGGGCAGCAGGAUGACCCUGCGGAGGGUCGGCAGCAGCAGCAGCAGCAGCAGCAGCAGCAGCAGCAGCAGCAGCAGCACGAGGGUGCCGGGGGCCACCAUUUGCGAGCGAAGCGCGCAUCUUCCCUCAAGCCCAGCGCGGCGGCGGCAGCUGCUGCUGCGGCCGCGGCCGCGGCGGCGCACCCCGCCAAGCCGCAGGCGCAGGCCAAGAAGGAGCUGCAGGACCUCAUAAAGGCGACGCGCCGGCUGUUUGCGCUGCUGCCACUGGCGGCGCUGGUGGGGGACCGCACGCUGGUGCUGCACGGCGGCCUGUUCAGGGCGCCGCCGGCGGCGGGGCUCAGGGGCAAGAAGCGGCGCAGCGCGAAGAGCGGCCCCCUGCAGGUCGGGUCACUGGACGACCUGCGUGCGGCCAGCAAGGGCGGGCAGGACCCCAACGGCCUGGGCGCGUCGCUGGUGGCGUGCGACGUGCUGUGGUCGGACCCCGUGAUGCAGGAGGGGCUGCGGGAGAACGAGGCCCGGGGCGGCACGGGCUGCAUCUUUGGGCCGGACGUGACCGAGUCUUUCUUGUCGUCCCACGGCCUUAAGCUGAUCAUCCGCAGCCACGAGGGCCCUGACGCGCGGCUGAUGCACACUGAGCUCGGGCCAAUGGACCAGGGCUACACGGUCGACCACACGGUGGCAAGUGGCCGGCUGGUGACGGUUUUCUCAGCGCCCGACUACCCCCAAUUCCAGGCGGUGGGGCGGGACGAGGACCGCACCCGCAACAAGGCAGCGGUGGCCACGCUGGCGGGGCCGGCCUGGGACGACCCGGAGUUCGUGCAGUUUGAGGCUGCGCUGCCGCGGCCAGAGACCCCAUGUUUCGAUAUCAAGAACGUAGCAACAUCGCAGCUUCACGCCUGCAGCCGCGGUGUGAGGUCAUCCUGA